AUGAAAUUACCACCGUUUUUGAUAACAAAACCGGAAAUUUGGUUUAGUCAAAUAGAGGCACAAUUUGCAUUAGCUGAAAUGUCGAUCAGAAAUGGGAGACCGUUGGCGGUUCGCAAUAAAUUACUACUAAAAUUAUGGAUACGGUGUCUACCAAAAACCAUAUUGGUGGCAAUAACAACCUCUGGUAAGGAAGAUGUUAAUGAUAUACUAGAAAUAGCAGAUAAAAUAUGGGAAACUUAUCAACCUUUAGAUCAUUAUAAAAAUUAUCAAUUCAUUUUAAUGAAUGAAUGUUGA